AUGGAAGAGGUGGUAGCCUUGGUUUGUUUCAAGCUGAAUGGAGGCUUUGAACCUCAGAAGCUUGUGCUAGACAGCUUUCGCGACGAUGAAUUAGUAGUUCGCAUGGUGGCCACCGGGGGCAUAACACCCGCUAAAUUCCCUUUCGUCGGCGGCCAUGAAGGAGCGGGAAUUGUCGAACAAGUCGGUUCCAAAAUCUCCCAUAUCGCACCUGGAGACCAUGUCCUCUUAUCUUUCUCGUCAUGCGAGAAAUGCGCUCGCUGCCUCAACGGGAUUCCGGCAUACUGUUCCAAGCUAUUCGACAUCAACUUCAAAAUGGCUCGCUUGGAUGGUACGACGGCAUGGCAUACUCCCUCGGACAGUGUUCCCAUCGGCUCUCAUUUCUUCGGGCAGUCGUCUUUUGCUACGAAAAUCGUGGCCAGAGGGUGUUCAGCUGUUAAAGUGGACAAGGACAUCCCACUAUCCAUUCUUUGCUCCUUCGGUUGCGGUAUGCAAACUGGAGCCGGGACGGUGUUGAACGUUCUUCGGCCACCAACGGGUUCAAAAAUUGCAAUAUUCGGCGUUGGUGCCGUCGGCAUGGCGGGUGUGAUGGCCGCCAGAAUAACACCGGCAGCAACGAUCAUCGCCAUCGAUAUUGUGGAAACGAAGCUUGAAUUGGCACGUCAUUUCGGCGCUACAAAUGUCAUCAACUCAGCUAGACAAAACCCAGUUGAGGAAAUAUUGAGAUUGACAGGCGAGCUGGGGGUUGAUUGUGCCUUCGACGCCACGGGCAACAUUGACGUUAUACGAGCAAUGCUGGCUGCCACGGCACCGGGAGGACUGGCAGUGACAGUGGGAGCCUCUCCGACGGGCACAGUGAUCGAGAUUGAGCCUGGCAUGUGGUUAUCGAAAGGAGUGAAAUAUAUGGGCGCACACCAGGGCUCCUCCGUCCCUCAAAAGUUCAUUCCUCUUCUAAUACAAUUCUACAAAACGGGGCGUUUUCCUGUCGAUCAGAUUAUCACAAAAUAUCCGUAUCAGGACAUCGAAAAGGCCCAUGAAGACGCUGCUUCCGGUAAUUGCAUCAAGGCCGUGAUUGAGUGGCCGUAG